GGCCAGGCGGAAGCGAGCGAGGCGCGCGGCGGCGCUGCUCUCCCGUGGCGCUGGGCCCGCGCGCGGCUCUGGCUCUACACUCUCCGCCUCCAGGCCUCGCGCUCGGCCUCGUUCCGCGGCGUCCGCUCCUCCAGCAGCUCACACCGCCGCGGCCCCGAUGGCUCUGUGCAACGGAGACUCCAAGCUGGAGAAUGCUGGAGGAGACCUUAAGGAUGGCUGCCACCACUAUGAAGGCGCUGUUGUCAUCCUGGAUGCUGGUGCUCAGUAUGGGAAGGUCAUAGACCGAAGAGUGAGGGAACUCUUCGUGCAGUCUGAAAUAUUCCCCUUGGAAACACCAGCAUUUGCCAUAAAGGAACAAGGAUUCCGUGCCAUUAUCAUCUCUGGAGGACCUAAUUCUGUGUAUGCAGAAGAUGCUCCCUGGUUUGACCCAGCAAUAUUCACCAUUGGCAAGCCUGUUCUUGGAAUUUGCUAUGGCAUGCAGAUGAUGAAUAAGGUAUUUGGAGGUACUGUGCACAAAAAAAGUGUCAGAGAAGAUGGCGUCUUCAACAUCAGUGUGGAUAACACAUGUUCAUUAUUCAGGGGCCUUCAGAAGGAAGAAAUUGUUCUACUUACUCAUGGAGAUAGUGUUGACAAAGUAGCUGAUGGAUUCAAGGUUGUGGCACGUUCUGGGAACAUUGUAGCAGGUAUAGCAAAUGAGUCUAAGAAAUUAUACGGAGCACAGUUCCAUCCUGAAGUUGGCCUUACAGAAAAUGGGAAAGUAAUACUGAAGAACUUCCUUUAUGAUAUUGCUGGGUGCAGCGGGACCUUCACGGUGCAGAACAGAGAACGCGAGUGCAUUCGGGAGAUCAAGGAGCAGGUUGGCUCCUCCAAGGUCUUGGUUUUGCUCAGUGGUGGUGUAGACUCAACGGUUUGUACAGCUUUGUUGAAUCGCGCAUUAAACCAAGAUCAAGUCAUUGCUGUGCACAUAGACAAUGGCUUCAUGCGGAAACGAGAAAGCCAGUCUGUGGAAGAGGCCCUCAGAAAGCUUGGCAUCCAGGUCAAAGUGAUUAAUGCUGCUCAUUCCUUCUACAAUGGAACAACUACUUUACCAAUCUCAGAUGAAGAUAGGACCCCUCGAAAAAGAAUUAGCAAAACAUUAAAUAUGACAACAAGUCCAGAGGAGAAAAGAAAAAUCAUUGGUGACACUUUUGUUAAGAUUGCCAAUGAGGUGAUUGGAGAGAUGAAUCUGAAGCCAGAAGAGGUUUUCCUUGCCCAAGGUACUUUACGACCUGAUCUAAUUGAAAGUGCAUCCCUCGUUGCCAGUGGUAAAGCUGAGCUAAUCAAAACCCAUCACAACGACACAGAGCUCAUCAGAAAGUUGAGAGAGGAGGGAAAAGUAAUAGAACCUCUGAAAGAUUUUCAUAAAGAUGAAGUGAGAAUUUUAGGCAGAGAACUUGGACUUCCAGAAGAAUUAGUUUCCAGACAUCCAUUUCCAGGUCCUGGCCUGGCAAUCAGAGUGAUAUGUGCUGAAGAACCUUAUAUUUGUAAGGACUUUCCUGAAACCAACAAUAUUCUAAAAAUAGUAGCUGAUUUUUCUGCAAGUGUUAAGAAGCCUCAUACACUGCUACAAAGAGUCAAGGCCUGCACGACAGAAGAGGAUCAGGAGAAGCUGAUGCAGAUCACCAGCCUGCAUUCCCUGAGCGCCUUCUUGCUGCCCAUUAAAACUGUGGGCGUGCAGGGUGACUGUCGGUCCUACAGUUACGUGUGUGGAAUCUCCAGUAAAGAUGAACCGGACUGGGAAUCACUCAUCUUCCUUGCGAGGCUCAUUCCUCGGAUGUGUCACAAUAUUAACAGAGUCGUCUACAUCUUUGGCCCACCAGUUAAGGAACCUCCUACCGACGUGACGCCCACUUUCCUGACGACAGGGGUGCUUAGUACUUUGCGCCAAGCUGACUUCGAGGCCCACAACAUCCUCAGAGAGUCAGGGUACGCUGGGAAAAUCAGCCAGAUGCCAGUGAUUUUGACACCCUUACACUUCGAUCGGGACCCGCUUCAGAAGCAGCCUUCCUGCCAGAGGUCUGUGGUCAUUCGAACCUUCAUCACGAGUGACUUCAUGACAGGUGUACCCGCGACACCUGGCAGCGAGAUCCCCGUGGAGGUGGUGUUAAAGAUGGUCACUGAGAUUAAGAAGAUUCCUGGUAUUUCUCGAAUUAUGUAUGAUUUAACUUCAAAGCCCCCAGGAACUACUGAGUGGGAGUAAUAAACUUCUUGUUCUGUUAAA